GUAUCAUUUCAUUUCAGGCUCUGAGAAUGGCGGAUAUCAAAGUCAUCUCCACCCACACCGUCCGAGCGGCAGCCGCCAGCAGUGGCGCAUCGCCACACCGGAUAGAGCUAACUCCAUGGGAUCUCCAGCUUCUUCUGCUCGGCCCCAUCCAGAAGGGCCUUCUCUUUCUCAAGCCCACUCCAUUUCCACAACCACAACCACAAGACCAAGACUUUGUUGUUGUUCAGCAACUCAAGCUCGCUCUCUCUCGCACCCUCGAUUUCUUCACUCCCCUCGCCGGCCGCCUCGGCGUCUCCCACAACUCCGACGGCACCUCCUCCUUCUUCGUCCACUGCAACAACGCCGGCGCCGAUUUCGUUCACGCCGUGGCCGAGAACGUGACCGUCGCCGAUAUUCUUGAGCCGGUGUUCGUGCCUCGGAUUGUCCACUCUUUCUUCCCUCUCAAUGGAGUCUAUAAUUUCCAUGGCGUUUCCAUUCCCCUCAUGGCAGUUCAAGUAACCGAGCUGCUCGACGGCUUUUUCAUCGGAUGCACGAUGAAUCACUCAAUCGGCGACGGCUCGUCGUUCUGGAAUUUCUUCAAUUCUUGGUCGGAAAUAUCGCGUGGCUCUCUCUCCAUAUCGCGGCCUCCAGUCUUCGACCGGUGGUUUCCCGGCGAUACCAAACCUCCCAUUUCCAUCCCUUUCUGCUUCGAUCAAAUUCAAGACAAGUUCAUUCUACCGCCGAUGGAAGAGCGGGUUUUCCACUUCCCCAAAGAGAAAAUCGCCGAUCUCAAAGCCAAAGCCAACGCUGAGAUGGAAUCAACCACCAUUUCCUCUCUCCAGGCUCUGCUGGCUCACCUAUGGCGAUCCGUGGCCCGCUGCCAGCAACUCAAGUCGGGCCAAGAACUGAGAUACAUGUUAACGAUCGGCGCACGGUCUAGACUGCAACCGCCGCUGCCGGAAACUUACUUCGGGAACAGCCUUGUUAUUGAGAUCUUGACCGCCACCGCGGGGGAGCUCCGGCGAGAGGGACUGGGCAGAGCGGCGUGGCGACUGAACGGAGCGAUCUGCUCGAAGACAAGUGAAGAAGUGGUGGAACUGUUCAAGAGCUGGGUGGAGAAUCCGAAGAUGCCAACGCUUGAUGGAUUGACGAGUAAUUGUUUGACGACCAGUAGUUCGCCGAGGUUCAAUGUGUAUGGGAAUGACUUUGGAUGGGGAAAACCGGUGGCGGUGCGAAGUGGGGCGGCGAACAAGAGCGACGGCAAGUUGACCAUAUUUCCGGGGGCGGUAGAGGGGAGCAUCGACAUUGAAGUUUGCUUGUCGCCGGAGAAAAUGGCGACUUUGGGAGACGAUGAAGAGUUCAUGGCGGCCGCAAAAAUCUGACUUUUUCUAAGCCUGGGAGCCAGAUGAUUUAAUUGUUUAAAAUAAUUGUACUUCCAAUUUUAAAAGCCAAAAAUUAUUUUACUUUCCACUAUUCAAAGAUAAAUUAGAGAUGAAUUUACUUCUUUAA